UCCGGUCUCAAAAUGGAGGUAAAACCGCCACCCGGUCGCCCCCAGCCCGAAUCCAGACGUCGCUGCCGCCGCCGGGGGGAGGAGGGCCAUGAUCCAAAGGAACCAGAGCAAUUGAGGAAGCUGUUUAUUGGUGGUCUGAGCUUUGAAACGACAGAUGAUAGUUUAAGAGAACAUUUUGAGAAAUGGGGCACACUCACAGAUUGUGUGGUAAUGAGAGACCCCCAAACAAAACGUUCCAGGGGCUUUGGUUUUGUGACUUACUCUUGUGUUGAAGAGGUGGAUGCAGCAAUGUGUGCUCGGCCACACAAGGUUGAUGGGCGUGUAGUGGAACCAAAGAGAGCUGUUUCUAGAGAGGAUUCUGUAAAGCCUAGUGCCCAUCUAACGAUGAAAAAAAUUUUUGUUGGUGGUAUUAAAGAAGAUACAGAAGAAUAUAAUUUGAGAGAUUACUUUGAAAAGUAUGGCAAGAUUGAAACCAUAGAAGUUAUGGAAGACAGGCAGAGUGGGAAAAAGAGAGGAUUUGCUUUUGUAACUUUUGAUGAUCAUGAUACAGUUGACAAAAUUGUUGUUCAGAAAUACCACACUAUUAAUGGGCAUAAUUGUGAAGUGAAAAAGGCCCUUUCUAAACAAGAGAUGCAGUCUGCUGGAUCACAAAGAAGUCAUGGUGGUGGAUCUGGCAACUUUAUGGGUCGUGGAGGAAACUUUGGAGGUGGUGGAGGUAACUUUGGCCGUGGUGGAAACUUUGGUGGAAGACGAGGCUAUGGUGGUGGAGGUGGUGGCAGCAGAGGUAGUUAUGGAGGAGGUGAUGGUGGAUAUAAUGGAUUUGGAGGUGAUGGUGGCAACUACGGCGGUGUUCCUGGUUAUAGUAGUAGAGGAGGCUAUGGUGGUGGUGGACCAGGAUAUGGAAACCAAGGUGGUGGAUAUGGUGGUGGAGGAGGAGGAUAUGAUGGUUACAAUGAAGGAGGAAAUUUUGGUGGUGGUAACUAUGGUGGUGGUGGGAACUAUAAUGAUUUUGGAAAUUACAGUGGACAACAGCAAUCAAAUUAUGGACCCAUGAAGGGGGGAAGUUUUGGUGGAAGAAGCUCUGGCAGUCCCUAUGGUGGUGGUUAUGGAUCUGGUGGUGGAAGUGGUGGAUAUGAUAGCAGAAGGUUUUAAAAACAGCAGAAAAGGGCUACAGUUCUUAGCAGGAGAGAGAGCGAGGAGUUGUCAGGAAAGCUGCAGGUUACUUUGAGACAGUCGUCCCAAAUGCAUUAGAGGAACUGUAAAAAUCUGCCACAGAAGGAACAAUGAUCCAUAGUCAGAAAAGUUACUGCAGCUUAAACAGGAAACCCUUCUUGUUCAGGACUGUCAUAGCCACAGUUUGCAAAAAGUGCAGCUAUUGAUUAAUGCAAUGUAGUGUCAAUUAGAUGUACAUUCCUGAGGUCUUUUAUCUGUUGUAGCUUUGUCUUUUUCUUUUCAUUACAUCAGGUAUAUUGCCCUGUA